ACAGCUUGGCCAACUAGGGGCCGCCAAACGAGAUCUACAAAUAGCACUAAAAAUAGCUCCUGGACUACCUGAAGCUCACUGGCAACUCCAUGUUCUUCGACUGGUUGAGAUGCGCCCUCAAGAUGCCCUCCGCGAUAUUGGAUACAUAAUUGAUGCAAAGACACCUAUCAAUGACAAAAUUAUGUUUCCAAGCCAUAUUCCGCCUGAUUCUACUCGUUAUGAAGAAGAAGAAGCCACAAACGCAAAUAGCACUAGCAAAGAAUAUCAAGGAUAUUCAAUAGCCUUGCCAUCCCAAGAAUCAACAAUGCCUAUGUUUAAUCAGAAUGAUGCGGACAACACAGUACAGGAAAGGGAUAUUACAGAAGGGACGAUAGCUUUAACUUCCUUCAACAGAAUUGUCGAAGCCCAUAGGGCUCAGGGACACAUAUACAGCAGCCUUAAUGAGUCGGCCCUGGCAAUUGACAGUUAUACAUGUCUAAUUAAGCUUCGGCCUACAGACGCAAAAGCCUUCCUUAAACGGGCCGCCGAGUAUGAAAAGGUAAAAGUGAUACUAAUGAAAGCUUAA